AUGUGGUCUCUGCUCUCGGAGUCCACAGGACCGCAGGAACAGCAUGGGGACAGGGCGGAGGGGCUGCUGUGGAUUGCCCGAAGUUCUGUGGAAGAUCCCGGGUGGAGUGGAACUAGCCCGAGCCACCUUAUGUUUCAGGCAGAGUGGCAGACACGUGCCGGCGGGGAGCAUGCCUGCCAAGGCUGCAGGUUUGAGGGUGCAUCACGGUGCUGGGGGUCUAUAUUGCCAUGGCCUCGUGCUGACCCUGUCCCCGCCUCUCUCUCCUUCCAGUGCACCGUCCAGGUGAAGUUAGAGCUUGGGCACCGUGCCCAGCUGCGCAAGAAGCCCACCACAGAGGGGUUCACCCACGACUGGAUGGUGUUUGUCCGUGGCCCCGAGCAGUGUGAGAUUCAGCACUUCGUGGAGAAGGUGGUCUUCUGGCUGCACGACAGCUUCCCCAAGCCCAGACGUGUGUGCAAGGAGCCCCCCUACAAAGUGGAGGAGUCGGGGUAUGCUGGCUUCAUCAUGCCCAUCGAGGUGCACUUCAAAAACAAGGAGGAGCCCCGGAAGGUGUGCUUUACCUACGACUUGUUCCUGAACCUGGAGGGCAACCCACCUGUGAACCACCUGCGCUGCGAGAAGCUCACCUUCAACAACCCCACCACGGAGUUCCGGUACAAGCUCCUGCGGGCUGGCGGGGUGAUGGUAAUGCCCGAAGGAGCAGAAACGGUGUCCAGGCCCAGUCCCGACUACCCCAUGUUACCCACAAUUCCACUCUCUGCCUUCUCUGACCCCAAGAAGACCAAACCGUCCCACGGCUCCAAGGACGCCAACAAGGAGAGCGGCAAGGCCUCCAAGCCGCACAAGGUGACCAAGGAGCACCGGGAGCGGCCCCGCAAGGACUCGGAGAGCAGGAGCUCCUCCAAGGAGCUGGAGCGCGAGCAGGCCAAGGGCUCCAAGGACGCCGCGCGCAAGCUGGCCGAGGGCCGGCUGCCCAAGGAGGAGAAGGCGCCGCCGCCCAAGGCCGCCUUCAAGGAGCCCAAGAUGGCCCUGAAAGAGACCAAGCUGGAGAGCAUGUCCCCCAAGGGGGGUCCCCAAGCCCCGCCCCCGCCCAAGGCUUCCAGCAAGCGGCCUGCCCCCGCGGACUCGCCGAAGCCCAGCACCAAGAAGCCGAAGAAGAGCAGCUCGAAGGGGUCCCGGAGCGCCCCAGGCACCUCGCCCCGCACCUCGUCGUCCUCCUUUCCGGACAAGAAGCCGGCGAAGGACAAGAGCAGCGCCAGAGGCGAGAAGGUGAAAACCGAGAGCGAGCCUCGGGAGGUCAAGAAGGCCCUGGAGGUGGAGGAGUCCAACUCGGAGGACGAGGCCUCCUUCAAGUCGGAGUCCGCCCAGUCGAGCCCAUCCAACUCCAGCUCCAGCUCCGACUCCAGCUCCGACUCGGACUUCGAGCCAUCUCAGAACCACAGUCAAGGACCCCUGCGCUCCAUGGUGGAGGACCUGCAGUCCGAGGAGUCUGACGAGGAUGACUCUUCGUCUGGCGAGGAAGCUGCUGUCAAGACAAACCCAGGAAGGGACUCCAGGCUGAGUUUCAGUGACAGCGAGAGUGACAACAGUGCCGAUUCCUGUCUGCCCGGCCGUGAGCCUCCACCCCCCCAGAAGCCACCCCCACCCAACAGCAAGGCGUCAGGCCGGAGGAGCCCGGAGUCCUGCAGCAAGCCUGAGAAGAUCCUCAAGAAGGGCACCUACGACAAGGCCUACACAGAUGAGCUGGUGGAGCUGCACCGGAGGCUGAUGGCCCUGCGGGAGCGCAACGUGCUGCAGCAGAUCGUGAACCUGAUCGAGGAGACCGGCCACUUCAAUGUCACCAACACCACCUUUGACUUCGACCUCUUCUCCCUGGACGAAACCACCGUGCGCAAGCUGCAGAGCUACCUGGAGGCCGUGGCCACAUGACCCCGGGCCGGGUGCCAGGGCCCCGGUACCGGGGUCCUGGGGGGCCGCGGCCAGGCCCCGCCUGCCCUCCUCUCUCUGGACGCGCCUGCCCGCAGCACUGCCUUAGUGACCGCCCUGUCCUCGGCCCUCACAGCCAGCUGCACUUUCCUCAGUGGCUCCCCACCUGCCUCCCUACCCCCUUGCCGGGAGCCCUGGGGCCAAGGGGGCCAGGCUGGCACUGCUGCUCCCAGCCACACGCCAGCUGCCCCCUGGGCUCCCCUUGGAGAGCAGCUUGUGUCGAAGGCAGCUCCAGGCCUCACUCCCGAGAGGGGAGGCAGUGGGCAUGGCUGGGGCCCUUUUCCCGGCCUGUGACUGUGUGGCACCACGUCACUGCCCAGGCAUCUCUAAGCAGCUGGGCGGACUGCUGGGGGCCGUCUCCAGCCGCCCUGAACGGUUCAGAACACAUCCUCUGCCCGCCCAGCCCGGGAAGGCCCCGCCUGUGUGUCUGCGUCGUCCCGUGUGGCCCCAGUGCAGGCCCCCCGUGGGCUGUCUGGCCACGUGCUGUAUAGUUCUCUCUAUAUUAUAUAUGUGUGUGCACUGUCUGUUCGAGAGCGGUUUCUGGUGUGCGUUUCUGUGGCAGCAGUGCACGUGGGGGUGGGGGGCGUGAGGUGGGGCUUGUAGGUUAAGAUGUCUCCGUGGUCUUGUGUGGGCUGGAGGCCGAGCCAGGCGUGGCAGCCGGCCCUCCCCUCGCGUGGAGGAAUCCUCCCGGUGCGGGUCCAAGGACGCCGCUGCCCCCUUCCGGGCUCCCGGCCAACACUACGAUGGUCGCUAGUCCUCAGGGCACCAGGAAGCCGCCCUGCUCUGCCCUCGGGGUCUACUUGGACUACACCGUCUCCAGGGACAGACUCUGCAGCAGCCCUGGGGCUCGGCCUCCUCCCAUAGGAUCCUCUUCCUCCCUUUUGUUGAUCAAGUCUUCGAACUUUAAAAAAAUGAGCUUUUGCCAAAUAAGACGGGAUAGUUUGUGGAGUUUUCCGAGGCGCAUUGGACUCCAAGUCAGCCCCUCACGCCGGGG